UUGCGUCAUUAUAUUGCGACGAACUGAGGAGGGGCAGAUGUAAACGUGCAUGCUGAUGAGUCCAAUUAUAACAGACUGUUUGAUUCGCGAUCACGACGAUUAAUAAACUCUUUUUUUUAUCCGUUUACAUCCAUACACUAUCAUAAUAGUGUAUAUUUUUGGAGCAGCUGGUCACAGUAAAGAGCGACGCAUAAGCCAGCACAUUUGAAGAUGUCUGUAACGGAGAUGUUUAGCUACAUCCAAGGAUUUUUGAGUGCCGAUCAAGAUAUUCGAGAGGACAUAAGAAAGGUUGUCCAAGUUCUGGAGCAGACAGCGAGAGAGAUCCUCACUGUUCUUCAAAGUGUCCAUCAACCAAGCGGUUUCAAAGACAUUCCCACCAAGUGUUUGAAGGCUAGAGAGCUGUUCUGCACUGUAAGAAACCACACUGGAGAGCUGAAAACGAAGUUCCCUGUGGAACAGUACUAUCGGUAUCAUGAACACUGGAGAUUUGUUCUUCAACGACUUGCCUUCCUUGCUGCUUUUGUGGUGUACCUGGAAAGCGAGUCCUUGGUUACACGUGAGGAAGUGGCAAAAAUACUUGCAAUUGAAGUCGACAGAGAAAAAGGGUUUCAUUUGGAUGUGGAAGACUAUCUUGCAGGAGUUCUUAUUUUGGCCAGUGAGCUGUCGAGGCUGGCAGUGAACAGCGUGACCGCAGGUGACUAUGGACGUCCGCUUAGGAUCUCAAACUUUAUCAAUGAACUUGACUCUGGCUUUCGGUUGCUUAACUUAAAAAACGACCCUCUUCGCAAGCGCUAUGACGGCCUCAAGUAUGAUGUGAAGAAGAUCGAGGAGGUGGUGUACGAUCUCUCCAUCCGAGGCCUUGCCAAGGAGCAGGAGUCCGGAGGAGAUAAGUAAGAGGAGGUGUGGGAAUGCAAGCGGCUGCGGGGCACUACCCUUGCUGGGAUUCUCCACGACUGGAAGAGUGGUUAAACCUGUCUGCGAGCAAGUUAGCGGAGGAAGAGGGGAGGGAAUGGAGGUCUUGAAGCCCCAGCAGCCUUGGGCGAUAUCUUUUUUUUUUUCUUUUAAGCCACCUGUCCUCAAAGACUGAGAUUAGUUCAGGUUUUAGUGAGGAGAUCUUCUCUUUCUCACUUUUGUUGAGAGAUGCUUAUGUACAGAUGCAUUUUUUGCCUGUUUUUUUUUUUUUUGUGGGGUGGGGGGGG